GAUUUUUUUCAUUUUCUUUUUGGCGGCAACAUAUUUACUGAUAUCCAUUAGCAAGAUGGGGUUGGGGUGGGCCAUGUAAUAAAAUGAAUACCAAUAGGGUAAGUGGCUCCUAUGACGCACACUUCCUAAAAGCGCACACCAAGAACUUUUUUAAUGUAGUUCCUUCAGCAGAAGCCAGGAACGAAAAAAUCAGCUGUCAAUCACUUCAAGCGACAUUUGUGCUGCGUGUGGACGGCGGUGGGUUGUUGUCGGCUCAAAAGAUAUCAGCAACCAUUGUGUGACUCCAAGAUGUCAAUGACUCAAGCAUGGGCUGCUUUGCCCUUGUCAAAACCAGUCAUGACCACGAUUGUGAAACAUUUGAAGUAUAAAGCAAUGACUCCUGUUCAGGCUGCCUGCAUUCCACAGUUCAUGAACUAUAAGGAUGUGGCUGUUGAGGCAGUCACUGGCAGUGGCAAAACGGUGGCAUUUCUGGUGCCACUGAUGGAAAUUCUGCUGAGUAAGGUGACCGAGGUGCGGAAGCAGGACGUGUACGCGGUGGUGGUCUCGCCGACCCGGGAGCUCGCCACGCAGAUCGCGGAGGUGCUGAACCAGUUCCUCCUCGAGACGCCGCAGUUCUCGCGACAGCUGGUGAUCGGUGGCGUCUCAUCGGCGGCCCAGGACGCACGCAGGCUGGCAGAGCACGGCGCUAAUAUCGUGGUGGCUACGCCGGGCCGACUGCAUGACUUGCUGCAGAGGAAGGAGACAGGGCCGAGGCUGCAGGCUGCCGUCAAAGCGCUGGAAGUGCUGGUACUGGACGAGGCCGACCGUCUGUUGGACCUGGGCUUUGAGCGGCAGCUGAGUGAGAUUCUCAGCUGGCUGCCGCGACAGAGGCGCACCGGGCUGUUUUCAGCCACUCAGACGGACGAGGUGCAGAAACUGGUGCGCGCCGGACUGCGUAACCCGGUGGCCAUCACCGUGCGCGACAAACAGACCGGUGACUCACGGACCCCGCAUCAGCUGGAGAACUUCUACAUGGUGUGUUCGGCAGAGCACAAGCUGGGCACCCUGAUCCACCUGUUGCGACAGCGGGCAGCGCUCGGCCACAAGGUUAUGGUGUUCCUAUCCACCUGCGCCAUGGUCGAGUACUUCACCGUGGUCGUUAAACGACUGGUGAAGUGUCCCAAUGUUCUCAGUAUACAUGGCAAGAUGAAAAAUAAACGGUUUAAGAUUUUUGACAAGUUCAGGAAAAUGGAAUCUGGCGUGCUGCUCUGCACGGACGUGAUGGCGCGCGGCGUGGAUAUUCCCUCCGUGCACCUGGUGGUCCAGUACGACCCGCCCAGCUCGGCGGCUGCGUUCGUCCACCGCUGCGGCCGGACGGCCCGCAGCGGCCACCAGGGGGCGGCGCUGGUACUGCUGCUGCCCACAGAGACCAGCUACAUCCAGUUCCUGCAGCUCAACCAAAAGGUAACAUUGACGGAACAGGAGGCUCCGCCGCCACCACCGCCAUUCACAACUGAACUGCGGCAGCUGCAGCUGGCCGAUCGAGCCAACUACGAUCGCGCCACGCGCGCCUUCGUCUCGUUCGUACAGGCCUACGCCAAACACGAGUGCCGGCUCAUCUUCAGCGUUAAAGAGCUGCCUCUCGGGGAGAUAGCCACCGCCAUGGGGCUGCUGCAGCUGCCCAGGAUGCCGGAGCUGAGGACGGCAGAGGUGACCAACUUCACGCCCGCAGACGUCGACCUCAACUCGGUACCCUACAAGAACCCGGAGCGCGAGGCGGCUCGGCAGGCCAAGCUGGCCGCCUACCGCGAGACGGGCGCCUGGCCCGGGGCCAAGCCGGCCAAGGCCAAACCGUGGAGUGAGUCCAAGGCCAAGAGACAGGAACAAAAGCAGAAGAAGCAGAAGCGGAAGGAGGUGAAAGAGGAGAAAAAGAAGAAGAAACGCAACAGGGAGGUGGACCAGGACGAGUGGGACGAACUUGCCAGCGAGGCGCGGGCGCUGAAGAAACUCAAAAAAGGAAAGAUGUCCAAACGGCAGUUUGACGCUUCGAUAGGCAUGGACGAGUGACUUGUCUGUGGUGCUGCCCACGGAAAUCUGCCUCCGGCUGUGACGUCAAUCCGUUUUAUUGUACAAGAAUACCAAUAAUGACUGGCACCCUUAUUGUUGAAUUGUUUUAUAAUAAAAGAGGUGCGCACAAUU